UCGAGAUAGUGAAACAAGCAAACAAGUAUUUAUCAAGAGGUGAUAAGUAAAGUCGGGGUCAAUUCUGGAUUCUGGAACGAAGAUCAGAUCAGUACUUUCCUAUACUAAAAAAUACGUGUUCGUGUUGAACAGUGUGACACAGUGAUUUAUUUAGUUUGGUUGUCAAGAAAGGAAUCCUUGAAAAUUAAAAACAAUGGCUAACAUUGCAAGACUCUUCGCCGGUCGUGUUUGUAAUAUUCAAGCUGCGACAUGGAACCAAGUCCCACGUUUCUAUUCAUCAGCUGUCAGUCCAUUAGAAUACAUAAAAACCGAAGUAACUGGUGAAAAGAAAAAUGUUGCACUUAUCACUUUGAAUCGACCAAAAGCACUCAACGCACUAUGCAAUGGUUUAAUGACAGAAUUAAGCACAGCUCUGGCCAAUUACGAAAAGGAUUCAGCCAUUGCUGCAAUAAUCAUCACUGGAAGCGAAAAAGCAUUUGCAGCUGGUGCUGACAUUAAAGAAAUGCAAUCAAACACUUAUGCCGAUUGUAUCAUGGGUAACUUUCUUAGUGAUUGGACAAGUGUAGCAAAGUGUCAGAAGCCAAUCAUUGCUGCCGUAAAUGGUUAUGCUUUGGGUGGUGGAUGUGAAUUAGCCAUGAUGUGUGACAUCAUUUAUGCCGGUGAUAAGGCUCGAUUCGGUCAGCCAGAAAUUGCCUUGGGAACUAUUCCCGGAGCUGGAGGCACUCAACGUUUGACACGUGCCGUGGGUAAAUCCAAAGCUAUGGAAAUUUGUCUCACCGGUAACAUGAUUAACGCAGAAGAUGCUGAAAAAAUGGGUUUGGUCAGUAAGGUAGUGCCAGCUGAUCAAUUGCUAAAUGAAGCAGUUAAACUAGGCGAGAAAAUUGGAUCACAUUCGGGUUUGAUUGUGCAAUUGGCUAAGGAAGCUGUAAACACUGCAUAUGAAACUACUUUGCAAGAAGGAUUGAAAUUUGAGCGGAGGACUUUCCAUGCAACUUUCUCUACUGAAGAUCGUAAGGAGGGUAUGACUGCGUUUGUUGAGAAGCGACCAGCAAAAUUUAACAAUAAGUAAAAUGUUCUUUUUUUAAACAAGCAAAACCUAUUUCAAAGAAACCAGAUUUUUUGGCAUUUAUUAAAGACAACUGAUUUAUAUGAAUAAAAAUUAUAUCGAUUAUAAUAUAAAGUAAAUAAAUAAAGUAUAAUGUAUUUCGAUAAGAAAUUAUUUUAAAUAAUG